AAAUUCAAAGUAAUAUUUUUUCAUAUCAUUCCGUACGCAGUUAUCGAUAGACCGCUUCUGUCUAUCAUUUUUGCAACUCUCAUCUCUAGCUUUUCGCGAUAUCAAAGCUGUUAAGGCUCAACAAAUUCUUUUCAACCGAACUUCUGACCAAGGAGGUUCACCUGAGAUAAAACAUUAAAAGCAAUAGUACUAUCACUCGAAUUUAAUAAAAAUCAAGAUGUUUCUGGAUGCAUUUGGUGCCCCGAAGGAUAUAACUCCUGAAAAUCUGCACGAAUAUCCAUACCAUCUGCAUAGCGUCAUGCUGCUGACCUCGGCCGACCAGGAGGUCUUUAUACCUCCACGCUGGCAUGGCACCAUCUAUAGCACUGAGGAGAUCUUAGAUGGCUAUCGCAAGCGCUUUAAGCCCGACUGCACGCUGCUGACAUUCCAUGCCAUGGAACCGUAUGAGCCGGAGCUCAUCUGCUGCGAGCGCUGUGUCGUCGAGAUCACGGUGCUGCCGGCUGGGCAGACCCUGUACAGCAGCUCGGACAUAGUCGUGUUUCUGGUGAAGAUCUAUGAGGUGAACACGCUGAUCACCAAGGAGCUGGGCACCGAGCUCAACUUCUUCCCCAGCAACCAUCACUACCAUGUGCGCAUCAUGAACGAGGGCAUCGACAUACUCUAUGUGGAUGACAAGAUCUACACGGGCCAGGCGGCCCCCUCCAUGAACUAUCAGCAUCAGUGCAUCCAGAAUCUGCUGAAGAAGCUGCAGCCAUUGGGCGUGAAGAGCCUCUCGGGCAAUCCGCUCCCGGAACAGUUAGUCAACUUGUGCCGCAAGGUCGAGUGCGCUGCCAAAAAGUAACAAUGCAGUGGAGAUUCCAUUUGCUUUGGCCCGGGCUGAAGCAACUGACUGAACGAAUAGACUUACGUAGUUCUUAAGUGGAAGGUUGCAGCAAUAUCGCGUAUCUACAAGUGAUUUAAAUUUAUAGAUUAUUCUCCUCA